AUGCCCCCGGGCGCCGAGCUGAGGCCAAGGCUGGAGGCUGCGGCUGGCGAGGGCGGCGGCGCGCGCUGUGUUUGGCCGAGCCGAGGCAGCUGACUUUUGAGGAAAUCGCUGGUCCUGGCUCUUCCUGUAGCAGCAGCGGCGCGAGGGGAGCGGGAACCCAGGUGACCAUGGCCAGCUGGAUCCGUGCCCAACAGUUGCAGGGCGAUGCGCUGCACCAGAUGCAGGCACUGUACGGCCAGCACUUCCCCAUCGAGGUGCGCCACUACCUGGCCCAGUGGAUAGAGAGCCAGGCCUGGGAUGCCAUCGAUGUGGACAGCCCCCAGGACCAUGCCCAGGCCGCCCAGCUGCUGGAGGGCCUGGUGCAAGAGCUACAGAGGAAGGCAGAGCACCAGGUCGGGGAGGACGGGUUUCUGCUGAAGAUCAAGCUGGGCCACUACGCCAUGCAGCUGCAGAGCACGUAUGACCGCUGCCCCCUGGAGCUGGUCCGCUGCAUCCGGCACAUUCUGUACAAUGAGCAGAGGCUGGUCCGAGAGGCCACCAACGGCAGCUCCCCAGCCAGUAGCCUCCCCGACACCCUGUCACAGAAGCACCUGCAGAUCAACCAGACCUUUGAGGAGCUGCGGCUGGUGACGCAGGACAUGGAGAAUGAGCUCAAGAAGCUGCAGCAGGCCCAGGAGUACUUCAUCAUCCAGUACCAGGAGAGCCUGCGCGUCCAGGCCCAGUUCACACAGCUGGCGCAGGUGAGCCCCCAGGAGCGGCUGAGCCGGGAGUCGGCCCUGCAGCAGAAGCAGGCAACACUGGAGGCCUGGCUGCAGCGUGAGGCACAGACCCUGCAGCGGUACCGAGUGGAGCUGGCCGAGAAGCACCAGAAGACCCUGCAGCUGCUACGCAAGCAACAGACGGUCAUCCUGGACGACGAGCUGAUCCAGUGGAAGCGGCGGCAGCAGCUGGCAGGGAAUGGGGGUCCCCCUGAGGGCAGCCUGGACGUGCUGCAGUCCUGGUGUGAGAAGCUGGCCGAGCUCAUCUGGCAGAACCGACAGCAGAUCCGCAGGGCUGAGCACCUGUGCCAGCAGCUGCCCAUCCCGGGGCCAGUGGAGGAGAUGCUGGCCGAUGUCAACGCCACCAUCACGGAUAUCAUCUCAGCCCUGGUCACCAGCACCUUCAUCAUCGAGAAGCAGCCCCCGCAGGUCCUGAAGACGCAGACCAAGUUCGCAGCCACUGUGCGGCUGCUGGUGGGUGGGAAGCUGAACGUGCACAUGAACCCGCCGCAGGUGAAGGCCACCAUCAUCAGCGAGCAGCAGGCCAAGGCGCUGCUCAAGAGCGAGAGCACCCACAAUUGCAGUGAGUGCAGUGGCGAGAUCCUGAACAACUGCUGCGUCAUGGAGUACCAGCAGGCCAGCGGCACGCUCAGCGCCCACUUCCGAAACAUGUCACUGAAGAGGAUCAAGCGGGCUGACCGGCGGGGCACGGAGUCCGUGACAGAGGAAAAGUUCGCCAUCCUGUUCCAGUCGCAGUUCAGCGUGAGCGGCCACGAGCUCGUGUUCCAGGUCAAGAUCCUGUCACUGCCUGUGGUCGUCAUCGUCCAUGGCAGCCAGGAUCAUAACGCCACAGCCACUGUGCUGUGGGACAAUGCCUUUGCCGAGCUGGGCAGGGUGCCGUUCGCUGUGCCCGACAAAGUGCUGUGGCCGCAGCUGUGCGAGGCGCUCAACAUGAAGUUCAAGGCCGAGGUGCAGAGCGCGAGGGGCCUGACCAAGGAGAACCUGGUGUUCCUGGCGCAGAAGCUGUUCAGCAGCAGCAGCAGCCACCUGGAGGACUACAGCAGCAUGUCCGUGUCCUGGUCGCAGUUCAACAGGGAGAACCUGCCAGGCUGGAAUUACACCUUCUGGCAGUGGUUCGACGGGGUCAUGGAGGUGCUCAAGAGGCACCACAAAUCACACUGGAAUGAUGGCGCCAUCCUGGGCUUCGUGAACAAGCAGCAGGCCCACGACCUGCUCAUUAACAAGCCCGACGGAACCUUCCUGCUGCGCUUCAGCGACUCGGAGAUUGGCGGCGUCACCAUCGCCUGGAAGUUUGACUCCCCCGACCGCAACCUGUGGAACCUCAAGCCCUUCACCACGCGGGACUUCUCCAUCAGGUCCCUGGCAGACCGCCUGAGCGACCUGAGCUACCUUGCAUACGUGUUCCCCGACCGGCCCAAGGACGAGGUCUUCUCCAAGUACUACACGCCCGUGCUUGCAAAAGCAGUGGAUGGCUACGUGAAGCCACAGAUCAAGCAAGUGGUCCCUGAGUUUGCGACUGCAUCUGCGGACAGCGGGGCCAGCGCUACCUACGUGGACCAGGCUCUGUCCCCGGCCGUGUGUCCCCAGGCACCGUACAACCUGUACCCUCAGAACCCCGACCCGGUCCUGGACCAGGAGGCCGAGUUCGACCUGGAUGAGACCAUGGACGUGGCCCGGCAUGUGGAGGAGCUGCUGCGCCGGCCUGCAGGCGGCCUGGACUCCCGCCUCUCCCCGCCCGAAGGCCUCUUUGCCCUGGCUCCAGGGUCCCUGUCUUGAGCGUGGGCUCGGGCAUGUGCACGGCAGCAGCAGCCCCCAAUCGCCGCACUGUGUGUGCGUGCGUGUGCACCUGUGCAUGCGCACACUGGGCCCGUCCCGUACCCCUCUAUGGCCCUGACCUGUCCCUAUAAGCAGCGAUGGCCCCUCUUCCUGUGCGUGCCCGGGCCACCGCUGGGCAGAACUCGGCUCCCCUGCGUGGGGGCAGAGUGGCCCUGUCCUAGUCUUGUCCCCUUGCACUGUCCCCUCCCUUAGUCCUGUCCUGCCCUGGCCUUGUUUCCGUGCCACUCCCAUUGCAAACUGGCUCAGAGACUGGAGGAAGCAACUGGUCCCCAACACGGGGUGACUGCGCCCAGAGACACUGAGGGUGGCACCGGCCCUUUCUGGAACAACAUCAGGAACGAGCGGUGGCCCAGGGCCGGAACCCGGACUAGGGAUGAGCAGCGCAGCCGCAGCUGUUGCACAACAGCCUGAGGUCCUGGAGGCCAGGACCCUGCCCCCACGUCCCGUCCCCAUGUCCCAGGCUGAGUGACAGCUGCAGCUGCGGUGCGGCUGGGAGCCGGGUGAGGCUUCUCUGCAGCGCAGGGCGGGGUCUUCUGCAUGCGCUGUACACAGAGCGCAGGUGUGUGUGACCCGUAUUUGUAAUAAAAUAUUUUUGCACAAA